AUGGAUCCUUCCUUAUUUAAUAUUUUUAAACUUUUUGGAAAGAAUCUAUAUCUUUGUAAAUUACAUGUAGAUGUUAAUAUGUUUGUUGCGAACAAUAUUAUUAGUAUUAUAAACAAUGAUGAUUGGAAACAUUUUAGUUUUAAUAAUAACAAUUGGUUCACUUUACAGUAUAUGGAAAAGAAAUUAUUCACAAAAGGUAUAAAUGAACCACCUGGACCAUUUAGAUGGCCUAUUAUUGGUAGCUUUUUGACAAUCAGAGGUAAGCUACGACACCAUGUAGCCAUGGAGAUGUAUCAAAAGUACGGACCUAUUUUCAAGUUGCAAAUUGGUGAACGCAACACUGUAUAUUUGGCUGAACACGAUAUAAUCAAAGAGGUGUUUGUUGAAAAGGGUCAUAUCGUGGAACAACGGUUCCCAAAUCCAAGAAUUGAAUCAGUCAAUAAGGGAUUUGGAUUAAUAAUGGGAAAUGGAGAAUAUCAUAAAAAAGUAAGAGGUGAGAUAUCAACCUUUUUCACAGCCACCAAGUUUAAAAGAAUGGAAAAUGAAGUAUACAGUGAAAUAGAUCUUCUCUGUCAAUCACUAAAAGAGGACAGUUCAAAAGGACAGUUAUCUAUAGAACCACAUAAAUACAUUAAAUCAUGUACUGUUAAUAUCAUUUUUAGAUUAAUCUUUGGUAAAGGUGUUAGAUUGGAUUAUGGUGGGAAUGAAACCAGUGAGUUGUCUGGACUGAUACGAAAUGUUGUUGCAUCUGGUGGUCUUCGUUACUAUCAAGAUUACUUUCCCUAUAUCAUACCUAUUGCCAAAAGGGUGUCACAAUUUUUGGAUGACGUCAGUCCAUUCAAACCAUUUCAUACCUAUGCUAUGCAAUUAGUACGUGAAAGACUUCAAGUGUAUGAUGGAUCAACUGAACCAACUAAUUUAUUAGAAGAAUACAUUGUCAAAUACAAAAAGGGUGAAAUUGAAUUAGAUGCUAUUGGUUUUAUCGUUGUUGAUAUGGUUCUAGCUGGUACCGAUAGUUCAGCAAAUACAAUAUUAUUUGUAAUUUCAUCAUUAUGUGAUAAUCCAGAUAUUCAAGAUCAACUUUAUAAUGAAUUGAUUCAAGUGAUUGGUAGAGAUAGAUUACCAAAUAUUAAUGAUAAACCAAACCUACCUUACACCAAUGCAGUUAUAAAAGAGACAUUGAGACGCUUUUCCCUUUUCCCUCUUGGUAUAGCUCAUAUUGCAACUGAGGAUGUUAAUAUUAGAGGAUAUACUAUUCGUAAAGGAGACGAAGUAAUACAAAAUCAAUAUUCAACUGGACUGUCAACCAAAGAAUGGGAUAAUCCAAAAUUAUUUAACCCAUCAAGAUUCAUAAACAAUGAAUUAUCAACCAAUAAGAAUAAGAUUGUAUUUGGAUGUGGACCAAGGGUAUGUCCUGGAAUGGCAUUUGCAGAGAGCGAGAUAUUCAUGAUCAUUGCAACCUUGUUCAAAUCCUUUAAAUUUAAAAGUGAUAAACCAAUAGGGGAUGACUCUGUUUAUGGUAUAACUCUUACACCAAUAUCCUAUCAAAAUGAACCACCAGGACCAUUUAAAUGGCCAAUCUUUGGAAAUUUCUUAAUGAUGGUUAGAAAACCUCCACAUCUUUUGGCACAAGAUCUCUACUUUAAAUAUGGACCAGUAUUUAAAAUGCAAUUUGGUGAUUAUAAUACUAUAUUUUUGACAGAGUAUGAUGUCAUCAAAGAGGCAUUUGUAGAUAAUGCCGGUGCUUUUGCAAGUAGAUUCCCAAGACCAAGUAGACAAAAGGAAAAUAAGGGUCUGGGAAUUGUAACAUCAAAUGGUGAAUAUAGUAAAAAUGUUAGAAGUGUCAUUGGUUCUUUUGUAUCAAAUACAACUAUUAAAAAGAUGGAAAAUAAUAUUAGCUCGGAGAUUGGGUGUCUUUGUGAUGCAUUAAAAGAAGAAGCAAAAAAUGGAUUGGUAGCACCUCAUCAAUUUAUUAAAACCUGUGCCCUUAAUAUCAUUCUAAGAGUUUUAUUUGGUGAUAGUUUACAUUGUAACUAUAAUGGUCAAGAAACCAAUGAAGUGGUUGGUCUAAUUCAUGAAUUUUUUAGAGCUGCUGGAUACCCACUUUUACAAGAUUAUUUCCCAAGUAUUCCAAGUAAAUUAGAUGGUAUACAUUCAAAAAUAAAAGCAAAAUUAUUCUUAAAAUCAUAUAAAGAAUUAAAUGGGUAUAUUGAAAAAGUGAUUAGAAAAAGAAUGGAAACAUUUGAUGGAAAAUCAACUGAACCAACUGAUUUAUUAGAGGAAACUCUUGUUCGACAUUAUCGUGGUGAAUUCCAAUUAGAAUCUAUUGUCUAUAUGAUGACUGAUUUAAUUUUAACUGGUACUGAUACAAGUGUAUGCAAAAAACAAAAGACUAGUGCAAAUACGAUAUUAUUUACAAUUUCAGCAUUAUGUGACGAUCCUUUAAUUCAAAAGAUAUGUUGUAAAGAAUUGGAUGGUGUAUUGGGUGAUCGCCUUCCUACACUUGCUGAUAAAUCAAACCUACCAUAUGCAAAUGCAAUUAUCAAGGAAUCACUUAGACGUUUUUCAGUGGCACCACUUGGGGUUCCACAUAUUGCAACGGAAGACACUGAAAUUAGAGGAUACACUAUUCGUAAAGGUGAUCAAAUCAUUCAAAACCUUUAUGCAACAGGACUGUCACCAAAGGAAUGGAACAACCCUGAAGUUUUUGAUCCAUCAAGAUUCCUAAACAAUGAUUCCAACAAGUAUAAAACUGUAUUUGGAUGCGGUCCAAGAGUAUGUCUUGGAAUGUCUCUGGCCGAGAGUGAAUUGUUUUUAAUCACAACCACAUUGAUUAAAACCUUCAAAUUCUCAAGCGAUAAACCAAUUGGCACCAAUACCAUCUUUGGUGUAACUCUAUCACCAGUUCCCUAUCAAGUAAUCAUCGACACUAGAUAG